AUGCUGCGCCAGGCUUCUUGGGCCCUGCAGCGCGCCUGCCGGCAGGGCCGUGUGGCUGCCGGGACCUGUUGGGCCGCGCCCCGCUCCUUCACCGAGGCUGCGGUGCAGAGCAGCGCUCCGGGGGACACCCAGGACGCCAUAGAGUUCAGGGAAUCGGUGCGGAGCUUCGCACAGGAGGUGAUCGCCCCUCAUGCAGCCGAGAUCGAUGCUAGCAACUCAUUCCCCAAGGGCGUGAACCUGUGGAAAGCGAUGGGCGACAUGGGCCUGCAUGGAAUCACGGUGCCCGUGGAGGAUGGCGGGCUGGGGCUGGGGUAUCUGUACCACUGCAUAGCCAUGGAGGAGCUGAGCCGCGCCUCUGGCGCGGUGGCGCUGUCCUACGGUGCGCACAGCAACCUGUGCAUCAACCAGCUGGUGCGCAACGCCUCCCCCGCCCAGAAGGCGCGGUAUCUGCCCGAUCUCAUCGCCGGCGACGCCAUCGGCUCGCUGGCGAUGUCGGAGCCCGGGGCGGGGUCGGAUGUGGUGUCCAUGCGCCUGCGCGCCGACCGCCAGCCCGACGGCGCCUUCUUGCUCAACGGCUCCAAGAUGUGGAUCACCAACGGCCCCUCCGCCUCCACGCUCAUCGUGUACGCCAAGACCGACGCCGAGGCGGGGCCCCAGGGCAUCACUGCCUUCAUCGUGGAGCGUGGCAUGCCCGGCUUCACCACCGCGCAGAAGCUGGACAAGCUGGGCAUGCGCGGGUCGGACACCUGCGAGCUCCUGUUUGAGAAUUGCCGGGUGCCUGCCGAGAACGUGAUGGGGGAGGUGAACAAGGGCGUGUACGUGCUGAUGAGCGGGCUGGAUCUGGAGCGCCUGGCAUGUAUGGACACCGUCCUGCCCUACGUCCGCGAAAGGAAGCAGUUUGGAAAGGCCAUCGGGGAGUUCCAGCUGAUCCAAGGCAAGCUGGCAGACAUGUACGCCACCUCCCGUGCCACCCGCGCCUUCAUCUACGCCACGGCGGCCGCCGCGGACGCGGGACACGUCAGCCGCAAGGACUGUGCGGCGGUGAUCCUGUAUGCCGCGGAGGCGGCCACGCGUAUGGCGCUGGAUGGCAUCCAGAUCCUGGGCGGGAACGGGUAUGUGAAUGAGUAUCCCACGGGGCGCCUGCUGCGGGACGCCAAGCUGUACGAGAUCGGGGCGGGGACCUCCGAGAUCCGGCGCAUGCUCAUCGGACGGGAGCUUUUCAAAGACGGCGCGUGA